UCAGCCCCAUACAGUGCAACCGGCGUUCCCAUGGCGUCAACAGCGCGCUUGAGCGUCUUCGUAAACUUGCUCAUCGUCUUAAGCUCGCCAUCAUUGGCCUCAGUCUUCCUGGAUCCAGAUGAAGCACGCAGCGUGUUGGUGCGCAGCAAAAGGUUCAACUCAGGUUGGCUGGAGGAGCUGCAGAAGGGUGAUCUGAAGAGGGAGUGUCUGGAGGAGAAGUGCUCAUAUGAGGAAGCACGUGAGGUCUUUGAGCAUCAAGAGACCACGGACGAGUUCUGGAGGACAUACAGCAUUCCAGACAGCUGUGAAUCGGGUCCUUGCUUGAACGGGGGGACUUGUUCGGUCCUGCCGACGUCUUACAACUGCUUGUGCCCACCUCCCUUCAGUGGUCUCAACUGCGAGCUGGACGACCGUGCCAGGCCAAACUCAUGUCUGCUAGAAAACGGAGGCUGUGAGCAUUUCUGUAAUGAAGAUGAGAGGGGAGAAAGACUCAACUGCUCCUGUGCAGAUGGAUACUUGCUGCAUGCAGAUGGUCAGGGCUGCAUAGCUAAAGACUCAAUAGCGUGUGGCAUGACCCCAAUCCUUCAAGAUCCAAACAGAGCCAAUCAAGUUGACCCUCGCGCUCGGAUUGUGGGUGGAAUUGAGUGUCCCAAAGGAGAAUGUCCCUGGCAGGUGUUGCUGGUUUAUAAAGGCAAAGGUUUCUGUGGCGGAGUAAUUAUUAAACCCACGUGGAUCCUCACAGCGUCUCACUGCCUGGAAGAUGCCGAUGCCCAGUUUCUAAACGUGGUUGCAGGUGAGCACAACACCAUGGUGGAGGAGGGAACAGAGCAGAUCAUCCGAGUGACUCAAAUCCUCAUGCACGAGAGCUACGAAAAGAAAACGGCCGACAACGACAUCGCCCUACUGCGACUGGCCUCUCCCGUGGUUUACACGGCGUACGCCGUGCCGGUCUGCCUGCCCACAAAAUCCUUAGCUGAACGCGAUCUGUGGGCAAUCAGCAUUCACACGGUGAGCGGCUGGGGGCGGCGAGCCGAGAACGGGCCCACCUCGCAUCUGCUGCGCCGCCUCAGGGUGCCUCGGAUACGGACGCAACAGUGUAUCCAGGAGAGCGGUGUGCAGCUCACCGAAAACAUGUUUUGCGCCGGAUACCUUACGGGCCAGGCGGACUCGUGUAAAGGUGACAGCGGCGGGCCUCUGGUGACCCAGUAUAAGAAGACCACGUUUCUGCUGGGUAUCGUGAGCUGGGGGAAGGGUUGUGCCCGGCCGGGCCACUACGGGAUCUACGCUCGCGUCUCCAACUACCUGCCGUGGAUACACGACGGCAUGACGACGCCAAUACAGCUCACGAACGACACGCAACUUCCACUGUACAACCGAACCACUUAAGCCAGGGGUGCCAAACUAUGUUUGUCACGGGUCACAUCGUAGUCAGAGUUUCCCAUUACGAUUGACAACGUAUUCUAGAUACAGUAUAGGCUACAAAAUAAACUGAUGACUAUAAUAA